UCCCAAUUGAAGCCGAUGGGUUAAAUGUUGAUGAUAUAAGACAACACCAAACCGCGGAAUUUCCGGCGGAGAUAGCUGAAGCCCAAAACGAAGACUCAGAUUACGAAAUUCUCCAAGGGAUUCUUUACUCGGUCAGACCACCUAAUCCGACAGAGCCCGAUUAUCCGCGUUUAUUGCUGCCUAAACAGUUCAGAAACAAUAUCAUUGACCGCUGCCAUAAAGAUGUGGGACACAUGUCCGUUUAUAAAACCCUUUGUCGUGUCAGGGAAUGUUAUGUUUGGAAAGGGAUGAGGAAACACAUUUCUAAAUGGGUAAAACGAUGUCCGACUUGUCUAGCCCAUAAAAGCACCCCCCAAAGAACGACCCUAGGUGAAUUGCCAAUGCCCGCUUACCCAUUUCAAAUAGUGGGAAUGGAUUUGAUCGGUCCGUUUCAAGAGUCACCAAAGGGGAACAGGAAUAGCGUUUCCUCAGUGACGGGUUUCACACCUUUUUUCCUAGUUUAUGGCAGGAACCCAAGGAUGCCAUUGUCAACAUUGGUAGGUGCAACAAAUAAUCACCAUCCUCUGAAAGGUCGGCUUAGUGACCUAUCGGAUUCUUUAACGGCAGCCCGAGAUAAUCUUCAGGCAGCUAGACUUGAGAACAAAAGGCGAUUCGAUGCUAAGGCGAACGCCAACAAAAUAGAGGUAGGUGAUUCUGUUAUUAUCUUCGCACCUGAUAAUGUGACGUUCGGAUCUAAGUGGGACCCGAUGUGGACAGUGACUAGACAAAGAGGCAAUGUCUUCUGGGUAAGCCACCAGCAGACAGGUAAGUCACGUGUGGUAAACAGGGACAAAUUGAGACUCGUGGACAGGGGUUUGGCGUGGGAUCAAGUAAGACCACGUGCCCGCCGUGUAUUUAAGAGACGACCCAACCCAGUAAGAGCUGAGUUGCAACUUGGUACCACGCCAGUCAACAUCAACGCUCCCAGGGCAGAGGUCACUCAGCACGCGGCGGUAAGUAAGCCCGACAGGCGUAGACACAUAGCCGACAGGGACGAAUCCGAGCUACCGGUAAGUGUUACAGGUGAGUCACAGGCAGCUUCACGCAGGCCGACACUGCAUGCAAAACGCACGCACAACACCAUAACACGACACCAUACGCCUACGCAUUCACAUAAUACCAGGUUUAGGAAGCGAUGUCUUCAGGCGACGGAACAGGGAGACGCGCUGUUGUCGCAGGUGGAAGGGGACGAAACAGGGGGUCCCCAGCCAGUCAAAAUGUCAAGGAUAACCGACAGUGGGUCGGAGGAGCAUAUGGAAGUCGACUCCAUACAGAAAUAAGAGGAUGGGUUUCUAAAACGAUAGUUUUAGGUUUAUUGUUUUUGAUUUUAACUCCAGGGAUAAAAGGGGAGUUACAGAAGCUACCUGAUGGUGUCCUAGUGACCCAGAGGCAGCCAUUGAGGGUAACGAAAGCCGUAUGGACGGUAUUGGUAACCAUAGAUAAACCUCGGGUAAUGAGGGAGGAGAUUAUGGAUCGGUUCGGCAGCAUUGAAGCCGAGUUGCGUAGAGCACGAAGGGGGGAGUAUAUCACCCCAGAGGACAGGGAACAGUGGCGACAGAGGAUAACUAAUAGCCUUAACCUUUUCUACGAGUUAGAGGACUCUCAAGCGGCCGUACCAGCUCUGGCCAGGGCGGGUUCGGUCGGUCCGGGCGAAGGGCGUCAUUCGUCUCGGACAAAAAGAGGGUUGUUUGACUUUGUGGGAUCGGCGGCUAGUUUCCUUUUUGGCAUCAGCACGGACAAAAGUGUUGACCAAUGUCGUAAGUUAGUUCAACAGACAAGACAGGAAGGACGCCAAAUAGCCCAUCGGGUGGGUAUGUUGGCGACGGUAGUAAAUAAAACAAUCAAUACAUUAAACACAAACAUACAACACCUUAACUCGGUGCAACAUUACUUAAGAGAAAGCGUAGCUAAUCGUAUCAACAGUCUCAUCCAGGGAUUAAAUACAACGCAGAAGAACUUGACCAAGUUAUUGGUGGCGUUCAAUAUUGAAAGAGCGGUAAGUAAUUUUGAGAAAUAUAUAGAUCAUCAGCGGGAAAUCUCGGAAAGAUUUCAUCGACAAAAGAUGUCCCUGGAAUUAGGUAGGUUGACGGAACUAUUAUUGCCACCAAGGAAACUCAGGGAAAUUCUAUUAACGGCAACUUCCGGUAAGGAAUUGAGAUUUAUUAAUGAUUUAUUUUGGUAUUACCGUUUUCUCACUGUUUCACCCAUUCAUGAUGUUGACACAUUAAUUUACAGGGUUAACAUACCAUUGACACACAGUGCUCAAUUUUGGCUUCACAACAUCCUCACUUUUCCGGUGCCCUAUAAUUCAAGCGGGCUGUCAGCACAUGUUCAAUUACCUUACGAAAUGGUAGGCCUUAACCCCAAAACAGGUCAAAUAUUUUUUCCCGAUUCUUGCAUAGGUGAAAAUCCAGUCAUUUGUGCGUCGGGUCCCUUUUAUAAAACGGGUUUAAAAUGUGAGCGCGCAAUCAUAACGGGAGACGUAAAACAUAGGGAAGCGUGUAACAUUAAAAUAUCUAAGAAAUUAAAUAAAGGAAAAGCAACAGAAAUUAAUCCCGGUCAUUUUGUGAUAAUAAGUUGGGGCGAAACGUUAUACACAAGGUGUGAUAAUUCGGAAGAACAUUCCUUAAAAAUCGACGCGGGUACUUACUUGAUUAAUGUCGAUAACGGUUGCGAAAUACAAGGGAAUGAUUACACAUUACCGGGCAUAAUUCAUCAAAUCGGUAAGGUCGAAAUUCGCCCUAUUUCUAUAAACAUGACUAAAAGGUUAAAUUUGAAAGACAUCAUAGCGGAACAAGACGCCAUCAAACUGCUUAAAUCAUUUGAUUUAAAGGAUAUGGCGCUUGAAUCUACUGUCCCAUUGCAGAAGGUUUUGUGGGAAAGGGAAGACCCCUGGACAAAAUGGGUACCCGAUCAAGAUAAUAUUUGGGGCUACCUAGGCACGUUUGCUUUGGUUUUUCUGGUACUGGGGUUAUUAGCGUUCCUCACAAAACGAUAUUGGCUAAUGAAAUGUAAACAUAGUAUUUUUCAGAGAAAGCGGAGAACGGACGAGGCUAAACUGCAGACGAUAGAUGAAACCAGCCAGGAAGCAACGGCGAGUCAGUUGACCGUAGUGCAGCCUAGCGCACCUCCGUUGGCUGAAGAUGUUGUGUCACUGCAGACUGCAACGGGGAAACCCUUUCGCGCCUUGUACUCCAGAGAUCCACUGGGGGUUUUAAAAUAUAAUGAUAUUGAAUAAUUUCUUUUCAUUUGUAAAGUAAUUUUUUCUUUACAUGGCGAGCUCGUAAUUAGAUUCAUUAAUAUUAAAUCAUGUAAAAGGGGGUUUAGGGUAUAUCUAGCAAGAGCGGGUAUACCCACCCCGCAGUUUGUCACGUAAAAUUAUGAACUAUCACGAAUUACUUGUGGGGUAGAUAACCUGAUUGGUGUAAUUGACGCGAACAAAUUUUUUUUUCUCUUUUUCCGUUACGAAUUGCAGGGCCCAGCGACAGAGCGAUUCCGGUACACGACGCUAACGACUUUCUUUUUUAUUUCCGUUAGAAAUUGCAGCAACUACACAAAAGGAUGACAUAUGCCGGCUUCCAAUAAUUGCUUUCCAUUAAACCUUCAUUACUUUCAUGAAAUUCACCAUGCAAUGUUUUGAGUGUACUUUUAGUGCGCAAGGAAAUUCCCAUUUCCACAGACCAACCACCAUGUUUGGACAGAUUUUAAUUCGGGGGCUACGAUGUGACAACGCCAGAGUGUGUGAAUUGGUGUCGUCUGUGACCUACGCUGCACUCCGACGGUCUUCAUCCCAGCUGCAAGUCUCUAUUAUCAUCAGUACUCCGAGCGUCAUGGUGGGCUACGAUUCGUCUGUGUUCGGCUGGACGUCGUCAUUUCGCAUUGGCUACGCGCAAUAUAUAUAGACUCUGAUUAUAACAAAAGACUCAUAUUCUAGAAGGAAUGAAUUGUUAAAAGCAAAUGGUCGAGAGACAACUCGAUAAUUUUUUGUGCUGUCUGAGCAUUGGAUAAACCUAUGUCCCUCUUCCUAAAAUGAAAAAAAAAAAAA